AUGGUGAGAGCACGGCGACAAUACAUUGAAGAUAUCGUGGAGGCAUAUGGAAAGAAACACCAGAAGAGUCAAAACGAGCAAACCCUAAAAAGACUGCGAAAUGUACCGAUUCAACUUGACUCUGACAGAAAAAAGAUUGCAAGACGAAUAGAAAAUAUCAAAAGAAAAACCUCAAAAAGAUUGAGUGGGAAGGAUCGAAAAGUCUUGAAGCUCUUCAGAAUUGGCGAGGAAAAAGUGGAAUAUGCAAACUUUGAAAAGGUGAACAAGCUCUGGGAAAAGUACAUGUUAUCCUUGUUACCAGCAAGUAGCGGGAAAGGAGGAAAUUUGGCAAACUAUCACGACAUUCUAACCCGUGCCAAUUACAUUGGUGCCAAGGUGACUGUCAAGUACUCGCGAUGUAAAAGCAAGAUUGGACUCCAAGGCAUCAUUGCAAUGGAGUCAAAGAAUGUCUUUCAGCUCGUAACAGCGGAUAAUCGCCUCCUUCUUGUCGAAAAGAAGCACACAAUAUUCCUCAGCGGGUGGACGUCUUACCUCUCAUCAUACAAUGCUAAACGUUCUUUGAAAUAA